AAAGGAGACGGGCAUCAGCGUGAGGGAAGUCUUCAUUGGUCCAGAGCAUCACUAGUUAGGUAACUUGUAUGCCAAAUGUGAUAGAAUAAUUCGAAGUCGUCCUCCCCCACCCCAGCUGGUGCGCUGGCCCUUUGGCCGAAGACUUUGAAAUUGAAUAAUAAAUAUUUAAGAGUUGCAUGGCUCUCACGAGCUGCAGAUCAAGAGAGGUGCAGCAAACGUAUUUAGGAUGCACAGAAUAGAAUGGCUCUCUUCGCGCUCCGAAACUCCUCUCUACAGUCGCGGAGCGCAAAAUCGCUGGUGCUUUCAUGGGGGCAUUACCAGCAGCGGCUUCGCUUUAGUUCCUACACUUCGUGUGCAGGCAGGUGCUGGAAUAGUGCAGAGUCCUUCAACACCAUCGAGCGGACCCGAUCGAGUCGAGCAGUGCUUUGCCGACAAGUACUGCGAUUCAUCGAAAGCAGAGUAGCUGGAACUGAGUUUAGCGAAGACCCGAGUAACGACCCGAGCAAGGAGAUGAACGAAGACGUACUUUCCUUCACUGUACGCAGAGAUAACAUCGAUGCAGGACUGAUGGUUGUCGACUUCAGGCCUUCUGCUCUAGAAAGAUCUAGCAAGAAUGAGUCCUCGCUUUUGAGGAGAUCUCUCUGGUCCUUGACGCGACACAAAAAACGUUAUCCAAAUACGGUCUUUCUCCGUUCUGGUGUUGUGGUGAUACGUGAUCUCGACGACAGUUCUACUUCUACACAAGUGGUAGCGGUGGAUGAAGGUGAUGUGCAAAGUGGACCUCGAUUGCAGUCUGCUCUAGCCCAUGAGUGUGGACACGCUUUACAUUUUCUAUUUUCCAGUAAGGGCAUGGUUGAGAAACCAGAAGUGUUUUUCAACUCUACCAGUUUGCGGACGCGCGAGCUGCCGGCGUUUGUGAUGCAGUAUUUGUGGGAAGCGAGUCGUGGAGAGGGCUUUGGCGGCGGUUGCAGCUCUAGAAAGCAUCAGGGGAAAUUACCAGUUUCAUUGGUAUCACGUAGAUUAUCGAGUUUUUAUCUUCGCCACUCAUUCCUAAUGCGAUUGUUAAGGAGAUUCACGUCUGCUUUUGAUCAAUUUUCUCCUGAGGAUAAAGACGACUACAAGAAAGCACAAGAAGAUGCACGACACUGGCUUGCAACGGAGUAUGGUGUAGCAAAAGAUCCUCCUGAGAAACUGCGUGAUCUUUUCUCUACCGUCAAAUGGUAUGAGGAUAAUCGUCAUGGUACUCGGAAAUCUAGUUCCAGUACGGAUUCAAAUGAAAUAUCUA